AUGAAGGGAAUCAAGGGCCGAUUGAACCGGUUACCUUCGGCUUGUGUUGGUGAUAUGGUGAUGGCCACAGUGAAGAAAGGCAAGCCUGAUCUCCAUAAUGCUGGUGUCAUUGUGAAUCCAAAGGGAGAAAUGAAAGGGUCUGCUAUUACUGGUCCAAUUGGGAAGGAGUGCGCUGACCUGUGGCCAAGGAUUGCUAGUGCAGCCAAUGCCAUUGAAACCCCUUUUGAAAUUGAAAAUGAGCUUACUCCUCUUGGCUUAAAUGCUUGCUCGGUGUUGGGUCCAUCAAAUGGACAGGUCAUUAAAGUGCUGCACAAAGCUUCUGAAAAUGAAUCUGAUGGGAAUACUACUUUCAUGGAAGUUAACCUAAAUGGAGCUGCUACUGUGGUGGCAGGAUGCUCUAUUCCAAGUGAUGUUUAUGUCGAUGAGCGGUCUGCUGAUAUUUCUAUGGAAAUACCCACCGCAAAAUGCGAUUUCCUUGGUAUGGCCCUUGAUAAUUCAGAGGGUACCCGGAGUAAUGAGGUAGAGCCAGGUAACCUUGCGGAGCUAAUGCUCAAAAAUGAGAUGCUAAGGACGAUGGUUGAGACCAAUAGGAAUUUUGAUCAAGGGGGUGAUGUUGAAAAUGGCCAUGGGAACAGAACUAAUGCAAGGCUGCUAGGAAAACAGAGUUUUGGAGCAACACUAAGCCCAUUAACAGGUACGUCAUUUGCAAAAGAUGUAAUCCCUAAUGGUGGAACCUUUAACCAAUCAGUGGUUGUUCAUGAGGUUGCAAAGGAUGGAGGAAAUAUGAAGUCUUUGAAUAAAGCCAAAGAUAAAGGGAAGGAGAAAUAA